UUCCGACUAGUACUUGAACAAGGCAUCAAUCUAAUCUCACGUGUCAAUUGAGUAUAGGCUGCAGCCUGCUUUCGUGCUUGGGUUCUUUAAACCACCUGUAUAGGUUUAUUUACAACAAAGGAACGGCUGUGUGCGUAUCAGUUAGAAACCUCUAGGAGAAAUCAAAUUGACGUUGUUUUAGCUUUAUCUUGUGGGGAUACUGAUAAUGUUUCUGCUCGAUUCCGACUCACAGCUGGACUGUAUUCGUAAUUUAUUCGAAGGCGGAGAUGCUGUCAACUCAAGCAAUGUGUUGGGACAGUCCCCUGCACACUUGGCGGCAUGCAGCGGACAAGCCUUUUGUUUACUUUGGCUACUGCAAACGGGAGCUGAUGCAAAUCAGCAGGACAACAAUGGGGAGACACCCAUGCACAAAGCCGCCAAGGCCGGCAGUUUGGAAUGCAUCAGCGUGCUCGUUGCCAGUGAUGCCCAACUUGGACUUUGCAACAACGAGGGCAGAACCGCUGAAGAUUUGGCAUGGUUGUACGGAUUCAAGGAGUGCGGACGAUUCCUGAACACGCUCCAAAUGACGAGACUCCUGACGAUCAGCAGCACUCCUCUGAUGCCUACCGGGCCCGUAGCAUGCCCGCUGACUGGCCCCCAGAGCAGUAAGAUGGCAGGACAGAAGAGGGCACUCAUUGCCACCGGAGCCCAAGACGGAAAGAGGGCUCGAGGCUGGUGA